CUACAGAUUAUUAUGUAUAUAUGAGCAUCUCGGCUACACCCAACCUCCAGGGCGCGGAUAAACACACACACAAAACCCAGAUGCUACAGCGAAUGCAGUACAUCCGCUGAUCACAUCCGUGUGCCUUAAACCACAGCAGUCUGUUUUCUGUCUUAAAGGGAGCGACGUGGUCUAGUGUUGAAGGUUAGUUCAGAUCCCAGUGUCGCGUUUUAGGGUUUAAACAUCAGCGAUCUGGAUUACGAAUAAACCCAGAAUAAGAAAUAUACAACUUUUAUCGAUCUAAACUGAUGGUGUUGCGUUUGUCAGAGCCGCCGUCUGAUUGUUUUGGUCAAAAGGGGCUGAGUCACGUUACUUCCUGGUUGAAGCGCACAGAGGGGAUGGAGUGACUGCGUGGCUAAAAGAGAGACGGAGAGAGAAAAAAAAAUCGCGUACACGUGGAUUAUUAGGAAAGGCGUCUCAGUUGGUGGACACCAAACCGCCCAAGUGUGUUUAUUUCUCCGGCUCAGCUCUCAUCUCAUCUGUGCAGCCUGUCAGAGAUGAUGUUACUGAGAUAUAACGGCGACCCUGAGACUUUAACGCCGUUUGGUUUUCUCGCGUUGAUCGACUGAACUCAGACCUCAGGAAAUAAGGCACAGAAAAGCAAAGACGACUUCUUAUUGAAUGGCAAUUCUACAAAAACAUAGCAAGAACUCCAGUCCAGACCUGGCCAGUGUUAAAGACGGUUCUGCAGAUCAUUUUGAAGCAGUUGGACACCAGAAAAAAUGUCCUGAGUCAAAUCAGUGUUGGUCCAGGCCUGUAGCACGGAUCUGGACGGUGGUGCUGCUGUUGGGGACAUGUCUCUUGUACUGCGCCCGUGUGGCCAUGCCCAUCUGUGCCGUGAGCAUGGCCGAGCGCUUCAGCUGGUCCAAGAGGGAGUCAGGAAUGGUGCUGGGCAGCUUCUUCUGGGGCUACUGCUUCACUCAGGUCCUCGGCGGCUACAUCAGUGACAGGGUUGGAGGAGAAAAAGUGAUGUUGCUGUCUGCUGCAGCAUGGGGAGCCAUGACCGCGUUCACGCCCAUCCUGGCCCACUUCUGCUCUCAGCCCAUCGUCUCCAUGACCGUGUCCCGCUUUCUCAUGGGCCUCCUGCAAGGUGUUCAUUACCCUUCUCUGGCUAGUCUGUGCUCCCAGAAAGUGGUGGAGAGUGAGCGCGGUUUCCUCAUGAGCACUGUAGGGAGCGGCUCAUAUCUGGGGACAUUAGUGAUUGGAGGAAUAGGCUCACUCAUGCUGGACCUGUACGGUUGGGAGAGUGUGUUCUACAUCUCCGGCCUCCUGUCAGUGCUUUGGGCUUACUGUAUGUGGAAAUACCUUCUGAAGGGAGAAGGUCCCAUCAUUACACUAGAAUCACUGGGCAGCGCUGGAACCCAGUCCAAAUUGUCCCGAAGAAACUGGCUUCGUCUCUUCAAACAACCAGCUGUGUGUGCGGUCAUUAUUACACACCUGUGCACUGCUAGCACCUUCUUCACUUUGUUGUCGUGGCUGCCGACUUUUUUUAAGGACACCUUCCCUGAUUCCAAGGGUUGGAUCUUUAAUGUGAUCCCGUGGCUUGUGGCCAUUCCCUCCUCGCUGUUCAGUGGCUGCCUGUCCGAUCACCUGAUCAGCCAAGGGUUUGAUAUCGCUUCAGUGAGAAAGUUAAUGCAGUUCUUUUCUAUGGGUGUAUCCAGUGUGUUCACACUGUUUCUAUGUGGCACCACUACCUUCCCCAUGGCUGUGGCCUUUGUGUCUGCUACUAUGGGCCUGACCACCUUCAGUCACAGUGGUGUUUCAGUUAACGUCCAGGAUCUUGCACCGUCCUGUGCUGGUGCGUUGUUCGGUGUGAUGAACACUUGCGGUGCAUUUUCAGGAGUGAUCAUGGUGUAUUUCUCGGGCUAUCUGAUCGAGACCACAGGUUCGUGGGCGUCAGUGUUUGCCCUCAUCACCGUAGUGAACCUCUUGGGUUUAGGAAUGUUCCUAACGUAUGCCGAGGCACGCAGGGUUGACCUCGAAGCUAUGAAGGGACGCUACAUACACAUCUGAGCAAAGAGAAACGGAACAAACCCCCGUUUUUAACGGAUGCCUUCUGCAGACUGGGACGCUACAGAGUUUGCAAGGACAGUCUGCACUGUAAUUUCCAUCCCUUCUGUACUGUCACGACUUCAGCAGGAUCUGGCAGCAUUGGCUCGAUAGGUUCCGACGCCAGCUACACCAGUCUUUCAGUAUUAGUUUUUCUUCUCGAGUGUCUCACGGUUACAAUACGACAAAGUUACUGAAUCUGAGACUAUGAAGAAUGUUGGCUGUAGUUGUGUAGUCUAUUCUAAAGUAAAGUCGUCUACAAAGACUUAAAAUUCUGUUCUGAAAAAAUGUAAAGGUGAAAAAAUGUAAAGACUGCACGUUUUGUUGUGUGGUCCUUUUCUGUAUUUGUUGAGCAACAUGGCUUGACAAAACUCAGGCAUCAUCAUUGUCAUUAUUGUCUAUAUAGGAAUUUUUUAUUUUAAUUUUUUUUAGACCCUUUGUUCCAUUGCUUUUGCUUACCAUUUGCUCUCAUCUUUAUUUAAUUUGAAGACCAAAGAUAAUCAGUUAUUGACAAUUUUUUCCCCACAUUAAUUCAUAUCAUAUUAUUAACACUGUAUGAUUUCCAGUCCUAGACCAUGUUCAACAUUCCCUGUUGCACAUUUCAAGCUUUCAUGUUUUUGUUCAUCGAUCAAGAACCGUAGCCUUUAAAAGCUGCUUUUGCGAGGUAUUUGAUGUUCCUGGCAAAGCUGAGCACUUAAUGAUGUGGGUUGAUGUUUCUAGCAAAGAAGCAGCACUUACAGCACUGUGUGGCCUGAGAGAAACAUCACAGAUGUACUAGUGAUUUUUCUAGUAUUACUUUGGUUCCUCCACAGUGGUGUAAGAGUAGACAGAGUACAGACUAAGUACAGAGCUGAGCAGUGGAUGGUAAAGUGUCUCGGUCAAGGGUUCAACAGUGGGACCUUUCAAUCCCGGCUGUUAGCGCAGAGCCGUCACUUCUCACAGAGCAGAAAGUCUCCCCAGGACAGAACACCGAUCUGAAAGAUCUGUAAGAUCUGUAAUGUAGGAACUGUGAAUGUUGCUUCCUUUAAUAAUGAGAUUAUUCUCUUACCUUUUUUUUUGUUUUAGUUGUUUUUUCUUUAAAAUCGUUUUGACCAAAUUUCUUUUGAAUUCCACUCAAAAGUAUUUAUUACUGUGAUUAGUAGCAGAUCUUCACAUACUGUAGGAUGUCAAGGAUUGUCGAGCGAGCUGCUUUCUAGCCACACGUGUCCGACCAUUUUAACGAAGCUUAACGUGACCUUUUGUUUUAAAAAAUAUCCGACAUAUCCUGACCUCUAGACACCGUCAUUAUUUCAACCAAAUUAUUUUAGUUUGUGUAUUAUUCACUUUAAUACAUAACUCUAUAUAAUAUAGACUACUUUUAUAUGUAUCACUUUUUUUUUCGAAAAAGAAAUCUAAUCAAAGGAAGCUUUCGUGAGAAAGUUUUUGUUUUAGUUUAGCAAUUUUAGCAUAAAAUGUCUGUUGGAGUAGCUUGUUUACUUCUUCAGUUACUCGAGGCCUGUAGAGAGAUUAUGGCAGCACCGUUUUUAUACGUUUUUCUAGAAUGUUUGUUACGUGGGGAAAAAGCACCUUAACAGCAGCUUGGUUAAGUUUUGAUUAGUUUCUCGGUCAGAAAGUCUGACUAAAAUGAAUUAAGUGGAGAACUAGGUGUCGAGCUAGACUGACAUUCAACCUGAAUACGUUUCUGAAAAGCAUCUUUAUUGUUGCACCAUGCCUUAUAUCCACAAAGAAAACGCUUACAAAUGUUUAUUUUUACAAUACUGUUUAUUGUAGCUGUCAAGCUUGUGCACAAAUGUCAUGUUCACAAAGGAGUUCAAAUGCAGUCUGGUUUUGUUGUUUUUCUUAUACAUAGUGGUUUAAUAAUAAUAAUAAUACUAAUAAUAAUAAUAAUAAUAAUACAUCAAACUAUUUCAGCUGGUAACAUUUCAAAAACUUGCUUAUAGUGUAACUGUUUCUGUUAGUGUGUCUCUUUUGCCAAAAGUAUGCUUUGUAAAUGCUUUAUAUUAAACGUCGCCAUUAUGUUUUGAAGUCCACAAUAUUUCAUCAUUCCGAUGUAAACUGAGUAAUUGCAUUGAUCAUGUUUCUAUGGUUUACUUGACUGUCAUAUUCUGUAAAAAUACAAAGGAGCAUCGUGUGACCAGUCAUUUUAUUUUUAAAGUAGAAAGCUAUGAGAAUAUUUGUCAAAUUGUUUAAACAUAAUGACCUUGAAAAGAAGUGUCAGAAAUGCAAUAUGCUUUAGAAAACCUGCUAUUUGUAGACCUUUUGUCCUAAAAAAUAAAAAUAUAUUUUAUCAAG